AUGAGCGGGUUUCGGUUUCUGAACCUCGUCCGGCCAUUCCUGCCUAUCCUUCCGGAGGUCUCGUCCCCAGAGCGCAAGGUCCCAUUUAACCAGAAAGUGCUAUGGACGGCAGUCACCCUCCUUAUUUUCCUCGUGUGCUCGCAGGUCCCGCUCUACGGUAUCAUGUCCUCGGAUUCGUCCGACCCGCUCUACUGGAUGCGUGUCAUCCUCGCGUCUAACCGCGGGACGCUCAUGGAACUCGGAAUUACUCCCAUCGUGACCUCGGGUAUGAUCAUGCAACUCCUCGCUGGUGCCAACCUCAUCGAGGUCGACUUCUCGCUCAAGGAUGACCGUGCGCUCUUCAGCGGCGCUCAGAAACUCUUCGCACUCAUCAUCGCUUUCGGUCAGGCCACUGUCUACGUCCUUACCGGUUUAUACGGUCAACCAAGCGACAUUGGCGCUGGCGUCUGCUUACUACUCAUCAUCCAACUCAUUGUUGCUGCCCUCAUCGUCAUCCUGCUCGACGAGCUCCUUCAAAAGGGCUACGGUCUCGGCUCCGGCAUUUCCCUCUUCAUCGCCACCAACAUCUGCGAGUCCAUCGUCUGGAAGGCUUUCUCUCCAACAACUAUCAACACCGGCCGUGGACCCGAAUUCGAAGGCGCUAUCGUCUCGCUCUUCCACCUCUUGUUCACUUGGAACGACAAGGGUCGUGCGCUCCGCGAAGCAUUCUGGCGCGAACGCCUGCCCAACGUGAUGAACCUCGUCGCGACACUCGCCAUCUUCGCCGUUGUCAUCUACCUUCAAGGCUUCCGCAUCGAGAUUCCGAUCAAGAGCAACAAGUUCCGCGGCCAGCGCGGCUCGUACCCUGUCAAGUUGUUCUAUACGUCCAACAUGCCGAUCAUGCUCGAGAGCGCCCUCACGAGCAACGUCUUCAUUCUCUCGCAAAUGCUCGCCAGUCGCUUCCCCGACAACCUUCUCGUGCGCCUUCUGGGCGUCUGGGAGCCGAUUGAGGGCUCGCCGCAGCUCCAGGCCGUGUCCGGUAUCGCAUACUACAUGUCGCCUCCGCACACCUUGACAGAGGCACUCACGGACCCGAUCCACACUGCUGUCUACAUCGCAUUUAUCGUCCUCGUUUGCGCCGCAUUCUCGACGACGUGGAUCGAAGUUUCCGGCACAGGACCUCGCGACAUCGCCAAGCAGCUCAAGGAGCAACAACUCGUUAUGGCUGGUCACCGUGAGGGAUCGAUGUACAAGGAGCUCAAACGCGUUGUUCCGACUGCUGCAGCGCUCGGUGGCGCAGUCCUCGGCCUUUUAUCCGUCGCGGCCGACCUCAUGGGCGCAAUUGGCAGCGGCACAGGUAUCCUCAUGGCCGUCACCAUCAUCUACAGUUAUUGGGAGAUCGGAAUGAAGGAGGUCGGCGGGCCCGGAGGCGAGAUGGGUGGGCUCCAAGACUUCAUCAUGUAA